AUGCGUGGAUCAACUGCCUUCACCCUCCUUCUCGUUCUCCAUGUCUUCCGUGCAGUCCUCUCAACAAAAUAUCUCUUCAAGUUUGAUGUCACACUGAACUGCUCAAUUCCCAAUCGACCAUUCGGAUACAAUGUUCAGUUUUACGACAAAGAUGAGAUGUUUUGGAAUAAGGACGAUCCUAUUACUGAGCUAUAUAAAGGCGUUUCUCCACCGGGAAAUGCUUUUUUCAAGACGGAAGGAACUCUCACUGGAGAUGAGUGGCUUUCGAAAUAUUUCGACGUGAAAAUGGUUCUCUUCCACACUUGCAACUCCCUGGGUGAAUCAACUCGUGUCGACAUGAGAAUAGAUCCAUUGGCCGCCAUUUCCGAGUAUUCGGAAGAUGAGUGUUAUCAGUUCGGACUUGUCGCGGAUAUCACAGAAAUGAGAGGAGAUGUUUGGAAUGUGGCUAAAUCGGUUAAGAAUUGCUGA